AUGGGAAGUAGUACGCCCGGUUCACCAGAAAUCAACCAUAGUUCAACCAAACCCCUGUCUGCACCCUAUGGAGCCGCAUUUAAGAACUUGAACCAGCCCAGUCAUGUCAACAGUAGCCAAUGCACUGAUUCGAGAACAAGCGAGACUUCCACGCUUCCUGCUGCUCCUGCUAAUGCUAUUGCUACCUCCCUCCUCCUUUGCUCCUUCGAUACGUGCCCGGGACUAAGAAGACUGCUGCCAUUCCAUUUAGGUAAUGCAAUAGUGAAUGUCCGAUCAAUAGCAAUAGUGUUGUGGCACUUUUUUAUGACUUUCCUGUUGAGCAGAACUUCUGGAGGAUUUUAUAUGGAUGACGGCACGAGUGAGCUUACUAAAGCGCGAAUCCUAGAGGAGGAUCAAGGGGGUCAGAUCCCCGGGUGGGACAAAUCAGGUCUUUGUCUUUGCAAGGGAAAGCGGAACGACUUACCUAUAGUUGGAACUAUUCUCCGCCGACUCCUGAGGCGUACUACAGAUCAGUGCGUUCUUGCCCGCUUGCUGAGCCAUCUAAGGUCUGUCUUCCCGGUUUUCCCAGACGCGAGUCGAGUAAUCUUCUUCAUCAGGCUUCCUUCUCGCAGUCGAAGCGGUAGCGGUACUGGAACGAGUUCCCUAUUCGAUAUGGUUUCAUUCCACCAGUCCGAUAGCACUGGGUCAAAGGGCUUCACUUUGGAACCUUUUCUUGCCCGUGGGCAUUAA